AUGGCAAGCUUCAAGAAACUCCUCUUGCCCUCUUCACCGCGGUCUGGAGAAGUCCAAGGCCUCAGCAACCAGCAACAUGCCAAUCAGUACCCCAGUUCGCCAACCCAUGAGCCCAGGACGCCUGCAUCUCCUUAUGCCUAUCCGCCCCAGUCACGGGAAAGGCAGUUUGAGCAACUACAUGAGACGUUCUACUCCCGAACCCUCGCGUCCCUUCGUCAGUUCCGGUACAAUGGGUCCAACGAGUCGUCAAAUCAGAAAAACAGAUAUAUCGAUGUCGUUGAGGCGCUGUUCUCAAAUCAUCGGUAUCAGAUCUCGUCUAUCAGAUCGCUGUCACCGAUAACUCCCUACAACGAGGACAUCGCAGACCGAAACAUAAUCGCUCAGCAUUUUCCUCAUAUGAACCCCCAGUACUCGCGUUUGAUGUCGACCUUAUACCAGGAAGAUGUGGCAGACAGGAACAUAUCGAGGUCAAAGAGCAAUCCAAUCUACAGAGGGCCUCGGUCUAGUCGUCUGAGUGUGAGGUCCGAUGAUCACGAACAGAGAGAAAGCAGUUCGAGAUCCAAGUCUCAAGGCCGUUCACGUGAGCCACGGACAAGUUAUCCACCAGCAAAUCUCAUCAAGGCUCGGGGUAGAGACAAGCCCGAGAAAGUCUCGUUGCCGUACAGGGAUCGACUCUUGUUAAGAACUCAGGCUUCGGCACCAAAUCUGAGUAUGACGGAAAUCAAAACUCCUGAUCUGGCCAGUUUUCCUAGACCACCGACUUUAGGAGCGGAUACCCCUGGAGAAAUGCCUGCGGAGGAACCUGAGAAAAUACCUGAAAAGGUAUCUCAAAUUGUACCUGUCAAGGUGGAAAAGGUACCCGAGAAAACAACAACAGAAGAAGAAACAGUCGCAGAAGAUUCUCCUGUUUCUAGCCAACGGUUGAGCCCCGACAGCAGCCGGCCAUCAGAUGCGAAAUCAUCCGCGAGUUGUCGAACGAGCAAAAAGAAUGUGCGCGACCUUAGUAUCAAUACAAAUAUAACGGCCAUGAAGAAACCGAGCAUAAGGAUAGAACACUGCGCAAUCCAACCCCCGACUCCCCUUAAUCCGGCAUCUAUUGCGCAAAAUGCCAGUAUCGAUGAAAUCGUGCACACCCCGUUGCUCACUGUCAACCCUAACAAUAUCGCUCCCCAGCCUUCGCCCGCCGCCCUUGAUAUUGACGAGAUCUUGAAGAUUCUCAAGCAAGCCUACGAUCAUCCGAGUCAGAAGGCCAGUCCUCUAUACCCCACAUUUGAAACGCUGCAAGAGAUCAUUAUCCGCGAAAUCAACUCUCAUGACGCAUUCCGCAAAGUCCCCGUACCAAACGACGUUUUCUUCACCCCUCCAUCUUCUGACGAUUCGGCGGACGAUGAUAUCCUUUUGCCUCCACCUGGCCCUUCACGAGUCAAACCGCUUCCCGAGAGGGAAAGUCCGCUAUCUAGACUGAUUCGCAGACGAUCAAAUAAUGGACUUCAAAGCAGAAGCCCACCACUUCCAAACACUUCUCCUGUCAAUACGCCAACCCCUCAAAACUCACCACCAACUUAUGCAAACCACAGCAACUACAGUAUUCAUGGCACCGAAACCGACAGAUACCUAUCACCAGCCAAAAAGACCGUGCCAAGAGACUUCCAGCCAAUAAUCCCUAGGCGACGGCGACAUACAUACGGACAGCCAUCAACUCCAUCUACAACAACAACAACACCAAUACCACAGCAACAGCAAAAGUCACAGCAUCAACCACAACAACGACCUCAGUCUCGACCUUCACUAAAAGCACAUAAUUCCUCAGCUUCUGUUUCCUCCUCUUCCAGCUUCAGCCUCUUCCCAGUCACAAGACCUCUCCCACAACCUCGAUAUAAAUCUCAUUUCAAGCGCAAGUCGGACCCGGUCCCUCCGUCUCCGCAUUUUACUGAAUUCAUCCCUACGGACGCUGCUACGCCGCCUAUAUUUCCUAGCUAUGUGCGACAACAUUAAUGGGAGCAACCCCUGCGAGGUAUAUGCUUCUUUCUACUUUUAUGAACUCAUGUAUAAGAAAACGGAGAGGUCCCUUUUGACCCUCAACAAGCCUUUCCGAGAUAUCCGUCAGAUCUUACUCUGACAUGUCAUUCUUUGAGAUAUACCUUACCUUACUACUUAACUAAUACUUUCAUGACACAUUUGCAUUGGUGGUGAAGAUUAACUAUUUCAAUCGUCCCAUGUCUUUUCCCUCGUUUUUGCUCUUUUCCUCGCCAUGUAAAUACGAAACUUCUCUCGCCUAAUUUCCAUUUAGUUUUCUAUACCUCUAAAAAGUGUUGUUGAAGACAUACCUGGUUCCCAGUCUACCACUUCGUCAUUUUGUUCUGUUUCUUCGUUAGGGAACCAAGACGUGUGCUCUUCAAGCUGAGUGCUCGAUACAAUAGUUCAACGUUCCUUCAUAGGGCU